UUCGUUCUCUGUGCAAAGGCCUUCCUCAGCAGGAAGCAAUGUCCUCCACACUCCAUAUCCAUACACUAAAGUGUCAUGAGGCCACGGCCCGUCACUGAAUGUGUCACAAAGGUGCAACGUGGAAGCCGCACACCCAGCAGGGGGUAUGGAGGAGGAGAGUAAGCACAUGAAAAUGCAUCCCAACCAAACCACUCCUCGCAUUUCACCUCAAAAUACCGACGGCGGACUUGUUGCCUACGCCGCCGUCAUCCCUGUUGUCGUCCUCACACUGGUUGGAUUUUUGGCAGCCUUGGUUCUUUAUAUCAAAAGGAGAAUGAGGUUAGACGAGCUCCGCCACAGACUGAUUCCGGUGUACAGCUACGACCCUGCAGAGGAAGUCCAUGCCUGGAAACACGGUGCACCGGACAGCGAGGAAGAGUUGGCUGAACUGCUGUGCAAGGAGGGAAGAUCCACUUAUAUCAGACCAAUGGUGCAAUGAGAAACAACAACUACAUAUUGAAGAGAAAAAAAGGAGCGCCGUAAGUGGCUGAUCCAUUGGCGGUCCUGUCUUGUCCCCCCCCAUUAACGUAUGUCUGCCCUUAGCGGGACUGUGCCAAAAAUGUAAUUUCAGUUCUUAUGUGUCUUGUACAUGUUCAGAAUGGACAAAAUAAAGCUGCUGCUGCUGUCUGCUGUCUACUAGAUGUAUUUAAUGAGAAAGAAUGAAUAAAAAAUGUACCAUUAAAUCACUCAACAUGCACAUUGAUAUAUUGGUUGUAUCGUUAUAUAUAUUAAACUUAUACACACUAUCACACACAAGCAUAUAUACAUAUAUUUAAAAUACUGUAAAACUUUAAACAUUUCCUUUUAACAUCUCUGGUGUGUCAGCACUGAACCCUGACCUCAACACUAAUAAACUCUUAGGAGAUGAACUACAGUAGCUUGUGAGCAGACAGGACCUCUCUCACUGACCUACACGCCGGAUUGUAGUCAGCUGGAGGCGUGUCUUAAUGAAAUCAAACAAUGGAUGUCCGCUAAUUUUUUGCAACUUAACACCAAAAAAACGGAAAUGCUGAUUAUCGGUCCUGCUAGACACCGACCUCUAUUUAAUAAUACAACUUUAACAUUUGACAACCAAAUAAUAAAACAAGGUGACUCGGUAAAAAAUCUGGGUAUUAUCUUCCACCCAACUCUCUCCUUUGAGUCACACAUUAAAAGCGUUACUAAAACGGCCUUCUUUCAUCUCCGUAAUAUCGCUAAAAUUCGCUCCAUUUUGUCCACUAAAGACGCCGAGAUCAUUAUCCAUGCGUUUGUUACGUCUCGUCUCGAUUACUGUAACGUAUUAUUUUGGGGUCUCCCCAUGUCUAGCAUUAAAAGAUUACAGUUGGUACAAAAUGCGGCUGCUAGACUUUUGACAAGAACAAGAAAGUUUGAUCACAUUACGCCUAUACUGUAUAUACCUUUAUAUACAUAUAUACAUACAUAUAUACCUAUACUGUAUAUACCUUUAUAUACAUAUAUACAUACAUAUAUACCUAUACUGUAUAUACCUUUAUAUACAUACAUAUAUACCUAUACUGUAUAUACCUUUAUAUACAUACAUAUAUACCUAUACUGUAUAUACCUUUAUAUACAUAUAUACAUACAUAUAUACCUAUACUGUAUAUACCUUUAUAUACAUAUAUACAUACAUAUAUACCUAUACUGGCUCACCUGCACUGGCUUCCUGUGCACUUAAGAUGUGACUUUAAGGUUUUACUACUUACGUAUAAAAUACUACACGGUCUAACUCCAUCCUAUCUUGCCGAUUGUAUUGUACCAUAUGUCCCGGCAAGAAAUCUGCCUUCAAAAGCCUCCGGCUUAUUAGUGAUUCCUAGAGCCCAAAAAAAGUUUGCGGGCUACAGAGCGUUUUCCGUUCGGGCUCCAGUACUCUGGAAUGCCCUCCCGGUAACAGUUCGAGAUGCUACCUCAGUAGAAGCAAUUAAGUCUCACCUUAAAACUCAUCUGUAUACUCUAGCCUUUAAAUAGACCUCCUUUUUAGACCAGUUGAUCUGCCGCUUCUUUUCUUUUUCCCCUAUGUCCCCCCCUCCCUUGUGGAGGGGGUCCGGUCCGAUGACCAUGGAUGAAGUACUGGCUGUCCAGAAUCGAGACCCAGGAUGGACCGCUCGUCGGGACCCAGGAUGGACCGCUCGCCUGUGUAUCGGUUGGGGACAUCUCUACGCUGCUGAUCCACCUCCGCUUGGGAUGGUUUGCUGUGGACGGGACUCUCGCUGCUGUGUUGGAUCCGCUUGAACUGAACACUCGCGGCUGUGUUGGAGCCACUAUGGAUUGAACUUUCACAGUAUCAUGUUAGACCCGCUCCACAUCCAUUGCUUUCGGUCCCCUAGAGGGGGGGGGUUGCCCACAUCUGUGGUCCUCUCCAAGGUUUCUCAUAGUCAGCAUUGUCACUGGCGUCCCACUGGAUGUGAAUUCUCCCUGCCCACUGGGUGUGAGUUUUCCUUGCCCUUUUGUGGGUUCUUCCGAGGAUGUUGUAGUCGUAAUGAUUUGUGCAGUCCUUUGAGACAUUUGUGAUUUGGGGCUAUAUAAAUAAACAUUGAUUGAUCGAUUGA